AUGCAAUCCACCCUCGCCAUCCUCUCCCUCAUGAUGGCAGCAGGAACCGCCCUCGCCGACAUGCAAAUCUACACCGUCCUAAACACACCCACAGGAGGCGGCGGAGCGGCCGAAGGCUACAAAUUCUACUCCUCUCAGCCAGAUUGCAAUGCUCCAGGUAACGCAGUGUUCCAUGCUGCCACAGACGAUGCAAGCAGUGGAGGAGUGAGAUGCAAAGGAUGUAAUGGUAACCAAGCCGUUGCGGAUUGGGAUAUAGCUGAACUCGAAUGGAACAUCAAUGAGGGACAUUUUACAGUCUACAACAUGGCGAAUGCUUCAACAUCAGAUUGGUAUCACAAGAAUGACAGAAGCCAGUCCGAUAUUCUUGUCAUCGUGCCUCGCGCAAGAGGCUCCUUGUGA